AUGGCCGAGAAGAUGGACGUUCACGACAUCAAAGAGACGCCAGACGUUGAGUCGCCGCGAGCCAACAUGUCCGCGUCUGACCUCGAGAUCGACCACCAGGCCGAGAAGAAGCUGGUCCGCAAGCUCGACACCUGGCUUGCGCCGCUCAUGGUUCUGUUCUUCCUGGUCGCCUAUCUCGACCGAAGCAACAUCGGUAACGCUGCUAUUGCUGGCAUGACCGAGGAUCUGCAUCUGGAUUCGGGCAAGCUCAAUGUUGCCGUCACUGUCUUCUAUGUCACCUACAUCGCCUUCGAAAUCCCUGCCUCUCUGGUCCUCAAGAAGGCCCGCCCCAGUCGCCUGAUUCCCUUCUUCAUCCUUGCCUGGAGCGCCACUGUUGUUGGCUCCGCCUUUGUGCAGAACUAUGCCGGUCUGCUCGCCACCCGUCUCCUGCUCGGUGCUUUUGAGUCUGGUCUCUUCCCAUGCCUGACUCUCUACCUGAGCACCUUCUACAAGCCCUCAGAGCAGGCUCGCCGCGUUUCCUACCUCUUCGUUGCCGCCGCUCUGUCUGGUGCCUUCGGCGGCCUGCUCGCCUAUGGCCUGACUAGUCUCCACGGCGCCAAGGGUCUCGCUGGCUGGCGCUGGCUCUUCCUCGUCGAGGGUGUCAUCUCCAUCGUCGUUGGUAUUCUGGCCCUCUUCCUCCUCCCCGACAACUUCGAGGUCGCUUGGUGGCUCAAGGAGGACGACAAGGCCCUGAUGCGUGUCCGCGCCGAGCAGGUCAAGAUUUACGCGGGAGAGUCCGAGGUCUUUGACAAGCACGAGGUCAAGCUGGCCUUCAAGGACCCCAAAGUUUGGCUCUCCUCCAUCUGCCAGUUCUGCGCCAACACCUGUUCCUUUGGUUUCGGCACUUUCCUGCCUCUCAUUAUCAAAGGUUUUGGUUACAGCAGCCUUAAAUCUCAGGCUCUGACAGCGCCGAUAUAUUUUUGGGCUUCUUUCAUCUAUCUGGUGGUUUCAUACUUCUCUGACCGCCUCAAUAGGCGUGCUGUCUUCAUGGUGCCAGCUGCCCUGAUCACGGUUGUUGGGUAUGCAAUGAUGCUGGGGCUGAACAUGAAGUCAACUGGCCCCCUCUACCUUGCUACUUUCUUCACUGCUACUGGUAUUUACAUUGUUGUCGGCCUCAAUGUCACCUGGGUUAGCAACAGCAAUGCUGGUUAUUUCAAGCGUGCCACGGCUAUCGGUCUCCAGCAGACCAUUGGCAACAGCUCUGGUAUUAUGGCUGGUCAGAUUUACAGAUUUGUUGCUCCUGAUGGCCGUUACCUGGUCGGUGGUGCGGUCUCGAUGUCCACCAUGUUUGUCGGUGGCUGCGGCUAUGCUUUGAUGUGGUAUCUCCUGCGCCGUAUCAACAAGCAGCGUGAUGCCAUGAGCAUUGAAGAGAGGGAAAGGCUGAUUCAGCAGGGAGCCAAGGGUGACCGCCACCCCGACUUCCGCUACACUUUGUAG